CGUGGAGUGCGCGAGCGCGCGACGCCGCCGCCGUGUUUUUAUCUAUUUCGUUUCGUUUUCUCCCUCUCGGUCGCCGUCCCUCGUUAUCACACCGGUUUCGUUUGCCCGCCGUCGGCCCCGCGUUUAUAACAUUAUUUCCGUUUUUCGUUGUUGUUGUUAUUGUUGCUGCGCUACUGUCGGUGUACGGUGUAAAUAAAAUUCGCUAUCGCGCGCCGACACCCCGGUAACCGUCUCUGGGUUUUGUCGUCGGAUCCGGACGCGUCGGUAACCGUCGACCGCGCGAUCGAUUUUCGUUAUCGCCGUCAUCGUCGUUAUUAUGAGCGCUGCGGACGUACCCGUCGCUCGGCCGCGCGACGACGACGUGAAAACCGCGGCCGUUCACCGACGUUUGUUUUGUUUUUUCCGCGGCGGCCCGCUCUGAUAACGGUCGCCAUUCGGUUUUAUUAUUCCCGUCGAGUGCCGCGGAUUUUUUGUUUGUUUUUUUUUUUUUCUCAUCUCACCGACCCGACUUCGCAACCGAUCGAUAGUCCCGCGGAAGUUUCGCGCACGGUUUCGUCGUGGUACGCGCGUUGAUGAACGUUAUUAUUUUGCGUUUUUUUUGUUUUAUUUUUUCUCUACGCUAUAUCGUCGAUUUUUUUGCAACCGGCCAAAGUCCCGGAGCGGCGAAUACGAGAUGGAUACGUGCGUGGACCCCAAAGUGGUGCCGACUUGGAAACUGGAGCUGAUCAACAGGAGACGGACGAGAAACAACUCGAGUCAGUCGUCAAAGUGCGCCGGCAGCGGCGACAAUAACGAACAACUACAGGUAAAACCGGUUCAAUGGACUUGGUCCCCUUCCACUCAGCACUUUCUCCAGCAGCAACAGCCGAACGCGACUCGGACAACGUCGCCGCCGUCGCCUCCUUCUUCUCCUCCUCCUCCUCCUCCUCAGCAGAAGCAGCAGCAGCAGCAUCAUCAUCAGCAUCAGCAGCAGCAGCAGCAGAAACAGCAGCAGCAGCAGCCCACUACAGUCGUAGUCGGCACCGUGUGUUCAAACAUGAGGCUGUUCAAGUGCGAGGCCACCAUCAUGACCAAUUUUAAAAAAAAUCCGCAGAUCAACCGUUGCCGAUCAAAAUUCAAAACCAAACCGCAAAUCAUCACCGAAAUCACCAACGGCCUGGACUACCGUUCCGACUCGAGCGAGGAGUUCAAAUACGGGCCGGGCAUCGUCAACAAACUCAAGUCGAAGUACAUGAGCAUGACGGUCCGCGAACAAAAACCCAGGCCGCCGUUGCGCCGGUCCACCAGCAUGGACAACAUUGUCGAGGAGCACAAACUGCUGGACAAACCCAGCAACAAGCAUUAUUCGCAGCCGGACGUAAUAAGCAUGGCGUCCGCGGUUAAAAGCGAGACGAUGAAACGUGCCCGUUCCAUGGAGACGUUGUCCGAUCCGCAUCACAGUACGAUCGUCAACAUCAAUAACGGUUACAAGGACGACGAACUGCCGCAGCCGAAAACGGCGAACGGCGAGUUGCCGCCGCCCGACGUCGUCAAAACGUAUAAGAAAAUAUUUGAAACGAAAACGCAGGGCGAAAUCGUAAAACCCGUCAAGAUCAAACCAGCCAUACUACCCAAGCCCGUGCUGAGUCCGGAGAAAACGCGUCCGGCGAGAAUGAACAAAGUGCCGCCGAAGAAAAUGUCGCCGCCGAUAAAAUAUCCGAACAGGUAGGCUAACCUAUUGAAUUCCGGUGUUUACCGCCCGUACAUUCCGUCGGAUCAAUACGUUUUGAAUUCUAAUUGCAAUUGGGUAUCUCGUACGAGACAUCAGGCGGGGAGGGAGGGGGUACCCUACCCGUCAAUUAACGUCGGGUCUCGUUUUUUUCUAAAAUUGCAUUAUAACAAUGUCACAGCGCUUACUAGUACUAGUUACUUUUUUAAAAUAUAAGUUACCCGCCGGAUUUGUUAUUGCACCCGGUCCGUGUUCGUAGAUUGUGUGAAAUGAUUUCAACGUUCCGUUCAUUCAUAAAACUCGUUCGUGUUCGUGUUUGGUCGUUACGCGGUACCUAUUCGUAACGACCAGGAUUCUUAUCCGGAAUCAUUAACUUUACAGAUAGCCCACCCCGUGUCGGGUGUUAUCACCUAUAUUUUUCGUUUUCGUCGCGGAGUUUUAUCAUUUUUCUUCAAACGCCUAACGUUUUCCGCGGUCCCGUUGCCAAAAGGCCUUAAACUAACGCAGUACUUUGUUGCCCGUUAAAAAUCGUUUGACUUGCAACGUUUACACAACAUUGAUAUUUACCUAUUUUACAAAUCCAAUCUACACCACAUCGAAAACGCUAUAGUCUAAUUGGCGCACAAAAGUGUAUUAAUUGCUUUAAUUUAUUUUUUAAAACCAUACAGGCAUCUAGGCGCGUACUCGCCGGUACCUGCCUACACGGACGGUUGAAUGAAUGAAUAUGAUUUUUUUUUUAAUUGGAUACUCGCUUUCAUAAUUUAAUUGUUUACGCGCCGGCAUCGUCUGUUUUUAAUUUAAUUUAUAUAGUGCCUACAUAGAUGAUUAAUAUUUGUUGAUAAAAUUGUAACUCGUUUAGUUGUUUGUAUACUCCCCGGGUUAUUAGUACGCGCAUAAAACAAAUUUGAGUAGGCUAUAUAAUUGCGAUCGUUUUCAUCGUGCACGCCUAUUGCGCUGUAUCGUUGCCUAUUCAUUAAUCUAAAUUUGUAUUCCCCAUUGAUAAAUUUGGUACAAAAAAAUCGUCCAAUAAUUCAUAUUGCAACUCUAUUGUGUCCGUUUGUAUUAUUAUUUAUUAGUUUAUGAAUUUCUGAAUUAAAAAAGUGCCUUUUUAUAAUGAAUUAGUGAAUUAAACAGCAUACUAUGGUAUUACAUUGAUUCGGAGUCAAUCGCUGUAUGAUGGGUUUACUUUUAUUAAUCACAUAUUGAUAAGUUUUGAAUAGUCUGGAAUUUGAUAAUAGGAACUGUUCUCUUAAAGAUACUUGCCAGUAAUACCUUACAAAAAUCAAAAACAACUGGUUGUCUAGCGGCUGACAUCCAGCAGAGGUUUUUUUUUUUUUAAGAUUUUUAUCUUUGUUAUCAUUAUGUUUACAAAAUAUUAUGAAUACUGGGCUUCAAAAUUAUUAAUGAAUUCUGUUUGUUUUCCAACUAUUUACUAAAUUUACCGUAUUAAAUGAUAUUGCUGUGUUUUUCUUGAAUUUUUGCUUUAGUAAGGUCACAAGAAUAAUACAUUUUUAUGAAAUUAAUUUUAUAAAAUACAAUUUUAUUUUGCUAGGUAGGUACCCACUCACAUUAAAAUUAUUAUUCAACAAUUUAUACAGUAGGUAUUUAUGUAUUUCAUAAUAUUGGAGAAUUUUUUUUUUUGGGCAUAUAGCGUGAUAUGACCUACCUACAUUUUAAGACACUCACUCUAUUCAUGCUUUAUUGAAAACAAAAAUGUAAAAGUGGCCAUUUAAUUGGAAUAAACCUAAUAACCUCAUUUUUUUUUUUUUUAAAUUUAUUAGUUACCUACUGCACUACGCUUUAACAGGUAAUAUAUCAACAAUGUCAUCACUAUUAAUUAAUAAAAUAAUAUUUAUAAGAAUUAUAAAAUAUGUUGGCAAUUGAAUUACAAAUUUAAUUCAGAAAUAAUAACAAAAUGUUAUUUCGGUACUUACCUAUUAUAAAAGAGAAUUAAUAUUACUUAAUUUCUUUUGUAAAUAUAAUAUAAUAUAUUCAUUUAUCCUAGGUAUUUAUAUACAUUUUUGUGCUUAAAAAAACAAAAAUAUUGUACUAGUCGCUAGUUUUAUUGGUUUUUACAAAUUUGAAACUUUUAUUUUUAAUAUCAGAUUAUCGCAGUCAUUAGGACAAUUUGGAGAUAUAAUUAUCCAUACAAUAAUCAUAAAAAAUGUAAAUACAAUUUUUGCAAUUAUAAUAAUAAGUAUUGUUACUUCAAAGAAAUUAAGUAAAUGUCUGAAUAAAUACAAUUUAAAUUAAAUGUGAACAUGUCUAUUAAUUUUUAAUAUUUGUACAACUCGAAUGUAUUAUAACAAAUUAAAAUAAAUUCAUAUUAAAGAUAUUUAUUUAUUACUUAUUGACAUAUAAUUAACAUCAUGAUUUGUGUUAAUAAAAAAUAAUAUGUAGGUAUUAAUUUAAAUUAUUUAUUAAUUUAUAGAUUAAAAAAGAAAGAACCAUUGGGUUUUGAUCGUUCCAAAUCAUUGAUUAGUGAUGAAGUAAGUUCUAGCCAAGAUGAAUCAUCUAUGUCAUCAGACGAUGGUGGACCAGCAAAACAAAGGGUUGCUAUUAAAACUGCCAUUACUGCGACUGCGACCAUUAGUGAUAAUAAUAAAUCAGUACCAAUACAAACCAAACAGAUUUGUGUUAUCAGACCAACGACCAGAACUACUUUACAACCAGAAGAAACCACAAAUGCUCAAUUAUCUGAUAAAGAAAUAGAAAAGAACUUUAUAAAUAAUAAUAAUAAUAAUAAUACCAAUAAUACCAACAAUGUCAAUAAUACCAGUGGUGAAAAAAAAAUAGGAGGCCUGUGGGAUAAAAAACGAUGGGAUAACCAUGAAAACAGUGUAGUUUUUAAUUUUGUUAAUAGAAAAGGAGUACCAAAUUACAUUGACAGUGAAAGUCCAAUGCCAAGGAGAGACAAUUCUUAUGUAAUAUACAAAUUAUCAUUUAGAAAUUUGUUUAUUUUGGUUUUUAUUUUUCUUAUCAAUGGUUUUAGGGAGUCAAAGAUGGUUGUAUCAUGUUGGAUGCACAUUGUGAAGAAUCGAGUACUGAUGACCUUGACAAUGUAAAUAGUGAUAACUAUGUUAUUUUUGUGGGCGACAAUAUUAUUAUUGGCCGUUCAAAUCUUCGCAAAGAAAACACAGCAACCUCGAAAAAAGUAAAUUAUACAUCAGUUUUUUUCUUAUAGAUAUUACGCAAUUCAAUUUAAUCAUUUAAUUUGUACUUUUUGAGUACAUACUCAAACCAAUAGUUAAAUUACCAAUACUUAUAUCAUAUUCUUUUUUUGUUGUAAAAAAAAAUUAUCAGUUUUAUCAGAUUUUUUUUCGUAGGCAUAAUUUUUUUUGCUACUUUUACCUUUGACUAUUUUAAAAUAUAUCUGCGUUUAAGAGGGUGACGUUAGAUAAUAUUUAUCUAGUUUUAUGUUAAAAUAUUAAAACUAUGGACACCAUAGUUACAAUAUCAUCAUUACUAAUAACAAUUAUUUACCUAAAGAGUAAACAUAAAACUAAAAUAUCAAUUUUAAAUUUGUGUACUUACAUUCUCUAUCUUCCCAACGUUAUAAAGCAUUUUAUUAAUAGUAAGAAAUUAAGCGCCCAAUUAACAAAAAAAAAAAAAAAAUUAAAUUAUAAUUUAUAAAAUAAUAUUUUGCAUUGCUCAAUAACUUAAUUUGUAUUAAUUUAAAAUUCAAACUAGAGCGGUUUACAUAAAUGCCGGGAGUUUUAUUUAAAAUUGAUUUUAAUUGAUUUUACUGUUAGAUAAUAAAUUAACGGGUAAGAAUAAAAAGGUAGAUUAAACGAGUCUUUCAUUAUUAUUACUCGAAGACAUUCAUCAUAGGUCAUUGAGCUGGUUCUUUGUAGGAACAGCCUGAGGCAUUAUUAUUUUAUUUUAUUAAUACAAUAUGUGUGCAUUCUUUCACACAAUGACACUUGAAUGCUGAGAAGUAUUAGCCACUGGGUAACAUGACGCCAAUACAAUCUUUUCUGUUUCAAAAAGCUUUUCAUAGUAGUUCAUUAAAUUAUAUUAUUUUUAUAUUAUUCCGAACGUAAACGUUAUUUUCAAUGUAAAGUGUUAAAAUUUGCACAAUUAAUAUUCUACAGACUUCUGAAGUUUUUUUAAAUUUAAAAAAAAAAAACCACUUUUAUUAAAAUCAUUUUUACUGGAAAAACUAUAAUGUUUGUAUGUUUUUGCAAUUAGGAAUAUUUUAUCAUUAUUAUUGAUUCAACAAGUUAAUAUUUGAAUAUGAAAAAGAAUAAUUGCCAAGAUGUUAUUCCAGUAAAUUAUUUUUACUAACUGAUUUAUUUAGGUUUUCACUCAUAAGCACGUACCUACUAGAUAACAAAAUCCUUUCAAAUUAUAAUUCAUUGUUUAAAAUACAUCUAGAGACUGGGAAUAUUGCCUGCAAAGUGGGCUUUUUUUUUAACUUUCUUAUAAAUUGUUAGCAUUUAUAAUUGAAAAAAUUUGUUCAGUAGAUUUUAUUUUUAAUAUUAAGCGUUCUGCCCCUGAACUGUUUUUUUUUUUCAAAAUAUCCAUCACUGGAAAAAUGAACGCUUCUUAUAGAGAUCCAAUUACGAUCAUAUUGUUCAACAGGAACACUAGCACUGUUAUAAAGAACAAAACAUCAUACAGGGUGCAAAUUAGGCUACAUAUUUUGGUUAUGUAAUUAAAAACUAUAAAAAAGUUGUGAAAAUUGAUCAUAUUUAAACUAUAAUUACAGCAAUUACAAAUAUAAUUUUCAAAAUUCAAGUCCUAUGUGUAUGUGUGUGAAGUUUAAAAAAAUAAAAUAGCUGAGUAUUAACGCGCCACUGUUGUAGGUGGGAAGUUGGGAAGGUAGGACAUAUAGUUGUUUAAUUACGCAGUACGCAGUGAUAAAACAUUGUUAAUGAAAAACGAUUCGUCGCGAAGUUCAGUUAUACAUGUUUUGAAGGGCCGUAAUAUUUACGAUUUUGAUCAAAAUCUAUUGAAAAAAAAAUACUAUAUAACAUUCAGAUUUUUUUUUUUCACCACUAACUAAGUACGAAGUAUAAUGAACUUCCUGUCAAAUUUUCAAGUAUUUCUGUUUAGUCUAACAAUUUUAUUCACAGAGUGAGUACCUCAUUACCCAAUAAAAAUAACAUACAAAAACUCGUAAUAUUACAAUAUUUUAAAAUAGCGCAAAAAUAACACGAAUGUUUUUAAAAUUUAACUACGUCCAAAAAAAAUAAAUAUAAAUUUCUGACAAAAUUUCAAAUCUCUACGAAUAUUUUUAACUGGAUAAUAACAAAAAAAAAAAAAAAAAAAUCAAAAAACCGACUCUCUUACUCGCCAUCCACGUUAAAAAUGCAAACAAAAAUAGUCUAUUGCCAUUUCUCUAUUGGGGCAAUAUUUCUGCUGGAUCAGUGUUUCUCAACCCGUGAGGGGGGGAUGGGGAGGGUGCGACAACGAAAUCGGUAAAACGCCGCGGCGCUCCGUAAAUAAUCGCCGUUUCGCCCAUAAUUCUUGGUAUUCCCGAUCAUUUUGAAAACCCCUAGGGAAAGCAAUUAAAUGCCAUGUCUAAUGCCCCGAAUAGAUGACAUUUUUUUUCUGCAAAAGCGCGCGCUGCCCCGGAUCGGGUCCGCCGCAAGAUAUUUUCCGCCCCAAAGCGAACGUUUCGGUGCCGGUCGUUUUUGAUGAUAAAUAAAUUCCGUUUCGCCGCGUCGGUUUGAUUGAAAUCUCACGCCGCCCCGAAGCAACGCACGGCUCGCUUGUACCCUAGCCGACGGCCGAGGUUUCCGGUAGACCGCGUCGUUUGCAAACGCGCGAAUGAAAAAAAAUAAAAAACAACAAAAGCCACCAAUCGCAACGCCGAACCGCCCCCCCCCCCCCNCCCCCCCCCGUCGCUACGAAUCUAAAACCGGCGGCCCGGAUCGGACAUCGCCGUUGACGAUCGUCGUGAUCCCCGGAAUGCCGCGACGGUGCAAAGCACGUCAGUAUUAUUAUCAUUUCGCCGUACCCGUGCCGUCGCGAAACCGCGCGGAAAAGCGGCCGCCGCGGUCGUUUCGCCGGAGAUUCCGACGCGGCGCCCCCUCCCGACCCGUGCGACCGCGCGCGCGUAACGAUAACGCGCGCGGCCGCCGUCCGGUCGCCGUUUCGGGUGAACCGCCGCGCUGCCGGGUAGCGGUGCGGCCGAGAGAACACGCGCGCGUCGCGGUACGCGACGUCGGAAAGGGACGGCGAACGGCGAGGGACCGGGGUCCGCGACGCGGGUGCGUCGGUCGAAAAUCGCGAAACGUCCACAUCGCCGCGUCCGCGUUUCGCCUGUGAAACGACCGGCAGCAAUAUCGAACGAUGUCGUGACGUUAUGACGGGCGCGUGAUAAAUAUAAUGGCCUCCGAAGGUCACGAGACCGGCGUGCGGGGGGUCAUUGCGCCGGCAAUAGUCCGCCGGUGACGGGCGCUCGCCGUCCCGUUAGACCGUACCGGGAACGCACGAGCUCGCCGAGUUUUUAAGGUCAUCCGCGGCACCGGUAAUAAUUUCGUUAUUUUCGCCGACGGCGGUGUGGUCGUUUUGCGAUUUUCCCGGCGAAUGCGUCGGGCCGGGAUAAACCGCGGGAAAAACGUAGGAAAACUGGGAAAAUCGGCACACGGCGCUGAACGAACGGUGUCGAAGAAAUUGCCCUAUUUAAUUACUUCCCUACGAAACGGCACGGAUCUUGUUGACAAUGCGUCGGUAUGUCAACUGAACUCCGCUCAGAAUCGUUUUUUUUUCCCGUAAACAACGGUUUAUCGUUGCUUACAGGUGUACGUUAAACUGUCUACAUACGUAUGUACUUAUAACAGUGGCUGCAACCCCCCCCCCCCCCCCCCCGUCCCCAUCGUCCUAGGGCGUAUUAUUUUUUUUCUCUAAUUUUGUUAUCAUUUUUUUUUUUUUUUCCCGCCCCCUAUACAGGACUUACGCAUAAAAUUCUCCGAGGUACUGGAAACGACGCACGAAUAUCCGUCCGAAGCGUCGCUGUUGUUGCAGCAGGUCGAAGACGAUUCGACGAGACACGAAGAAGACUCGACGGCGGCCGCGUCGCCAAAAAGUAAAUAAUGCCCGGCCGCGGUUGUUGCCGUUGUUAUUAUUUAAAAUUACAAUUCCGAACGCGUCUUAUCGUUAAAACAAUGCGCUUUUGAUUCGCGGUAAAUACCGCGCAGAACGCGGACCGACACGUCGGCGGCGGCGGCGGUUUUUGUAUGCGACGCGUUUGAUUUGCGUUGCCGAGAACGAACGAACAUAUUCCGCCGUUUGCGCGUUUUAUCGAUAAAAAAAAAAAAAACAACAACAAUAAUAAUAAUAAUAAUAAUAAUAAAAAAAAAAAAAAACCCCGAUAAUAAAAUACGGCGCGAACUGUGUAUAUCAUCGACGUUAUACAAUUACAUAGAAGUAGGUCGCGGAAUCGGUUACUACUUUCGCGUGGCGGUCAAGGUUCAAACGCGGAAAUUACAAUAUCUCAAAAAAUAUCCCGGUUCGCGUCCGUGCAGUUUUCGACUCGCGACCGUUCUCGUUUUUACUGUACACAGGCAUUGAGUGCACCUACUCGUGUGCAGCGUAAUAAUAAUAAUAAUAAAAAAAAAAAAAAAUUCCGUCACGACGUCCGCCCGUGUCGUACAGUUCCGCGUGUCCGUCGGACCGAAACGAUAAUAAUUAGCGGACGUUUACUUUUCUGUGUGCCGGAGAUAAAGAAAAAAAUUAAAAAUUAAAAAAAAAUACAAAAACAACAAUAAUUCGCUUGUUUUUAUCGAGUUUCUCGGACGGUCCGAACGUUCGGUACCGUCGCGACGUUGCGAAAACGCAAAAGAAACGCGGGCGGCACACGCGCGUGUUCCGCCGCCCCGUGGAAAACGCGGAGAAAUUCGCGCGUCCCGUGGCCGAACGCUAUUAAUAAUUAGGGGACGGGGACGGGGGCAGGAGGUCGCGCACUCCGGGGUCGUUCGUACACGCGUCGCGGACCGCGAAAACCGGAGAAAUCCUGCAAGGUCGAUGUCGAAUGGACGGCCCGUCGGGGAUUCCUCGGAUGCCGCGGGCGCGGUACGAUUUUUACCAGCGCGCGUAACGGGUCGGGCGCGGGUUCCGGUAUUUCAGAGGCGGGGCAACGUCGCGGAGUCAAUGCGAUUUUCGGAGGCUCGGGGCCCACGUGUACCCCGGAGGGUUAAUAAAUAUUUCGGCACCUGGCCGCCAUCGACUCGCAGAAUAUUUCGACGUUUGCGCAAACGGCGAAACGUUUGCCGUUUUCCCUCGAGUCGAGUACUACACGAUAAAGUCAAAGACUCGUUUCGUCGGGACUGGUCGUUACAAUAUAAUACGAAAAUUAAUCAACCGAUGUAGUUUUUUUUUUUUUUUUUCUGUACGACGAAAACAAUAAUAGGUACAUAGAUACUCGUGUACUAAAAAAAAAAAAAAAAAAAACAAACGUGUUCGUUCGUCGUUCCGGUUUCGUUUGUUAUUGUGCGUUUGUCUCGCUUCGGAAAUACAAAUUUGGCCGUUAAUAAUUGAAAUUCGUCGUCUCGUUUCAGGUACCUUUGGUAAUUACAUUCCGAGUAAAUUGGGCACGAACGAAGAAGCUUUUCUCGGCGAAUACGGUGUGAGUAGAAGUAACAUUGUAAAAACCGCGAAACGCUCGGUCGAAAAAGACGAAACCCCAGUGAUCGACACGAACGUGCCGUGGAGUGAAGAAACCACACCCGAUCUCUUGUUUUGAGUUCCUAAAUCUAUAAAAAAAAAAUAUAUGUAUUUUUUUUUUUUGUUUCUAUAACGACGUACGAGCUCAACAGUGUUUUUUUCUGAACAGUAUGUAAAAAAAAAAAUAACUUGAAGUUCAGUUUUUCUUAUUGCAUACAUAUUUUUAUAUAAUUAUUAAAUUACUUUAUAUUUGACCUUGCGACUAAAGUUAAGUAAAUAAAAAAAAAAUUGGCCAACAAGAUAAAAUACAAGACUCAAUGAGAAAUUUAUCGACUGAAUACUAACUACAUUCUUUACAUAAAAAUAUUAUAUUUAUAUUUUUACGAUUCCUAAAAAAUACGUGUAAUAUUUUUUUUUCUUUCUUUGCUAAGUAGUAUUUCGUUAAUAUUUCUAUUAUAUUAAUUUACGUUGUUUAUUAUUAUUUAUUUGUAUGUAUUUUUUUUUUAUAUUAUAUAUAUAUAAAAUAUAUUCAUUGUAUAUUAUUAAUAUACUUUUAUAUGAUAUCUCAACAAUAUUAUGUUUACACAGAAAAA